AUAGUCUAGACAAAAAGUCAUGUCAAAAUAAAUUAAGUGCAAUUUUAUGUCGAACGAAACGUGUCGAGAUGUUGACAUUGACAGAUGACGUGACAGCACUUUGUUGAUAAAGUGCUCGCGGUCAGUCAGUUUCAGUUUUGGUUUUCGUGAAGUUGAUUAUUUUGUGAUGUUUAUAUAAAUGCUGUGAGAAAUCCUAAAAAUGAACAAGGUCAAAAAGCGAGAGCGCAACGUAAACUUUACCCGCGAAGAGACAGAGCAACUCAUUUCGCUCAUAGAAGCACACAAAUACACGAUUGAAAACAAAAAAAGUGGUGCUGUGACUUGGCAUGAAAAGGAGAAGGCAUGGAAAGCUAUAGAAGUGAAGUUUAAUAGGUCUGGACACCCCGCCACCUUUAGGAAUUCGAAACAUCUAAAGUUGAAGUAUGAAGCACUCAAAAGAGAUACGCGAAGGAAGAUCAUGCGCAUUGGCAGUCCCAACGAACUUCCUCUGACACCAGUGGAGAAUAGAGUGAAAGACUUGAUGUUAAUUGGUGCUGAAGGAAGUAUGGAAGUCAACCCUGACUGCCUACGAGAUGUUAGUGAAAAUGUGGAAUCGACAAUUUAUUCCGAAGAACCUGGUCAGUUUGUCAACGUAAAAGUAGAAGUAGAUGUUGAUACAGCUGAUAAUUCAGAUUCAAGUACCAUUACUUCAGAAACUUCUAACAAAGAAGCAAAAAAGCGCUGUCUGUCAGUAUUAGAGGAAGUAAUGAUUGCGUCGAGACAGACAUCAAUAGAAACAAAUCAAUAUCAGGAAGAACCAUUGGCUGAAUGGGAAAAUUGUCCAAAAUCUAAGAAGCACCGUGUUUUGAAUCAUGUAAAAGAAAAAUGUAAUGUUGAUCAGUUUGCCGAGAGAAAGAUGGAAGUUUUGGUGAUGCAAAAAAAGUUGAUUCAACAAGAGUUGGCAUUGAAAGACCUAAAAACUCAACUAGUAAGAGAUGAAAUACGACAUAAACAGGAUAUUUUUGAUUUACAGAAAGAAGAAAUUUUAUUAAAAAUCCAAAUAUUAAAGGCUGAAUUAGAAUAUAAGAAAAAGUUGUUAUGAUACAAUUUGUUUUAUUCCACUGUUGUCUUUUGUGUUAGUCCCUAUUUUUGAUUUCUGACACAAACUGGUGUCUAACAUAAUAGUUUGUCGGUCAAAUAGAUGAACCAAAUUCACUUUUAGAUGUUUUUAAUUUGUAUUUUUAUUUGAUUCCUGAAAA